AUCCAUUUCUUUCCUCUCAUGUCUCUCUACCAUCCAUUUCUCUCUCACUUUGGCAUCCCUCUCUCUUCCUGCCGACACACCGACACUAAAGCUGGCUUCAACCCUUCCCCUGCUAUGCGCCCCACCCAACCGCCAGCUGCUAACGUACAUCAACUACAGGGGUCUGACCAUAGUGGGCGCGGCGGCCAUCGCGCUGGCAGUCUUCGGGCUGCUGCCCUUCGUGGUGAUGGCGCUGCUCGCCAUCCCCAAGAUCCAACCGCGCGCUGGUUGGUGGUGGAUCUGAACCGCGUGCACUGGCGGGGCUACUUCAACACGCUCUUCUGGAACCUCAACUACUGGGACUCUGUCAGCACGCUUGCGGGGGAGAUAGAGGAGCCCAAGCGCACGUUCCCGCGGGCGCUCAUGGGGGCGGUGGUGCUGGUCGUGGUCAGCUACCUCGUGCCGCUGCUGGCGGGCACGGGCGCCAUGCCCUUCUCGCCUGAGGGGUGGGAUGAUGGGUACCUCGCCGUGGUGGGCCGCGCUAUUGGCGGCGGGUGGUUGGCGUGGUGGAUCGCGUGCGCUGCGGCGCUCUCCAACAUGGGCGCGUUUGAGGCCGAGAUGAGCAGCGACGCGUUCCAGCUGCUGGGCAUGGCGGAGCGGGGGAUGCUGCCGGAGGUGUUCACGUACCGGUCGCGGCACGGCACGCCCGUGCUGGGCAUCGUGUGCAGCGCCACAGGCAUCGUGCUGCUGUCGUGGAUGAGCUUCCAGCAGAUCGUCGAGUUCCUCAACUUCCUCUACUGCUUCGGCAUGCUGCUCGAGUUUGCCGCCUUCAUUGCGCUGCGAGUCACGCAGCCCGAGCUGAAUCGGCCCUACAGGAUCCCGGUGGACACCAUGGGGGCUGCGCUGCUGUGCCUGCCGCCCUCCCUGCUGCUCAUCCUCGUCAUGGCCCUCGCCUCCCGGCAGACCGUCAUUGCCAGCUCCAUAAUGGCGUCCGUGGGGCUGCUGCUGUAUCCCCUCCUGAUGUGGGCGAAGCACCACGGCGUGCUCAAGUUCACGCAGGACCCGGGCCUGCCGGACGUGGCCCUUAUGGAGGAGGAGGAGGGAAAAGAGGGUGAGGAGGGCUUUGAUGGGGCGGCAACGAAGGGAGGGUAUGGGAAGGUGGAUGGUGGGGUUGGUGGUGUGGAAGGGGAGAAUGGGACCAUGGCUGACAGUGAGAACGGGCUGCUGCUGGGGAAGGGGCAGAGGGAGAAGGGCAGCAGCAAAGUGGUGCCGGUUGAGAGCCCAGUGGAGCCGCAGGGGCUGCUGCAAGCAACUGCACGUGAUGCUCCACUCUCUGCAUGUGAGGGGCAGUCGCCGCCUGUCAUGGUUGGCUCACUGCCAAGUGAUGGUCUGUUUGCCCAAGGGGUGCUGUCAGCGGAGAGGUUGGGAGCUGGAGCAAAUGCAAGUCAUGCGCUACAACCCAAGGUUGGCUGUGCGGCAGAUUCAAAAUCAGAUUAUGGGAUUUUGCUGGGAGACUCAAGUGGUUGCAGAUAGCAUAUCCUUUAUGCGAUUGUUUCAUCCAACGCCAAUCCCACCUUGUAUUAAAAUUUCAUUUUGUAUACAUCUCAUUCACAUAUCAUAUGUAUGGUGUUGGAGUGCCAGAACCCAUCAGGGUCGAAGUCGGGGUCAAGAUCCGGCGGGUGUGUCCAGGCGGCGAACGACACGAUUCCGUCGCUGUCGGCAGUACCGCGGUCGGGGACGAAGUCCAACACGAAGACGCCGGACUUCAGGAGAGCACGACCGAUGAAGAGACCGCCCUU